ACGUGUCAACACGUGUACGUCGUGGAUGAAAACCAGUCCGCUUUUUACAAAAGCGAGACCGCAGAGACCCCACUCGGUCCGUGUUGAAAUAUCGGGGUGUCGAACUGUUCCUGUAAACUUUUUCCCCGUUUCACGUAAGCCAAGCCUGCCUAGCCACUUUAAGAACAUGGGAACUAAACUCAAGUCAGUCACAGUGUUUCUGUUCCUGUGCUUCCUUUUGUUUCCUUUGGUGUUUUCUGCCUCCACUGAUGGGUUGGUUAGAAUUGGACUGAAAAAAAGGAAGUUCGAUCUGAAUGACCGAAUUGCUGCCAAGAUUGAAUCGAAGGAAGGAGAGGCUCUUAAAGCAGCUACUAGGAAAUAUCGUCUCCGUGGGAAUGCUGGAGAUCCACAGGACAUAGAUAUUGUAGCACUCAAGAAUUACAUGGAUGCUCAGUAUUUUGGUGAGAUUGGUAUUGGAACUCCAUCUCAAAAGUUUACUGUAAUUUUCGACACCGGUAGCUCUAAUUUGUGGGUGCCUUCUGCUAAGUGUCAUUUUUCAAUAGCUUGCUACUUCCAUUCCAAAUAUAAGUCCAGGAGUUCAAGCACUUACAAGAAGAAUGGUAAAUCUGCAGCUAUCCACUAUGGAACUGGCGCUAUUUCUGGGUUCUUUAGUGAAGAUCAUGUAAAAGUUGGUGAUCUUGUGGUCAAAGAUCAGGAAUUUAUCGAGGCAACUAGAGAACCCAGCAUUACAUUUGUGGUAGCCAAGUUUGAUGGCAUACUUGGACUUGGAUUUCAAGAGAUUUCGGUUGGAAAUGCAGUACCUGUGUGGUACAACAUGGUCAAUCAAGGUCUUGUUAAGGAGCCUGUUUUCUCGUUCUGGUUUAACCGCAAUGCUGAUGAAGAAGAAGGGGGUGAAAUUGUUUUUGGUGGAGUAGAUCCCAAUCAUUUUAAGGGUCAGCACACAUAUGUUCCUGUUACUCGGAAAGGGUAUUGGCAGUUUGAUAUGGGUGAUGUUGAUAUUGAUGGUAAAACAACUGGAUUUUGUGCCAGUGGCUGUUCAGCAAUAGCUGAUUCUGGGACUUCUUUGUUGGCUGGCCCAACGGCUAUUGUUACCGAACUGAAUCAUGCAAUUGGAGCUUCAGGAGUUAUAAGUCAAGAAUGCAAGGCUGUAGUUGCACAAUAUGGAGAAACCAUAAUUGAGAUGCUUUUGGCAAAGGAUGAGCCAAAGAAAAUCUGUUCCAAAAUUGGUUUGUGCACUUUUGAUGGAACUCGUGGUGUAAGUAUGGGCAUUGAGAGUGUUGUGGAUGAGAACUCUCACAAGGCAUCUGGUGGUUGGCAUGAUGCAAUGUGCUCUACUUGUGAGAUGACUGUUGUAUGGAUGCAGAACCAGCUUACUCAGAAUCAAACACAGGAUAAAAUACUUAACUAUGUGAACGAGCUAUGUGGUCGACUGCCUAGUCCGAUGGGGGAGUCAGCAGUGGAUUGUGGUAGUAUCUCUACUAUGCCUACUGUCUCCUUUACAAUUGGUGGAAGGAAAUUUGAUCUCGCUCCUGAGCAGUACAUCCUCAAAGUGGGUGAGGGAGAUGCAGCUCAGUGCAUUAGCGGAUUCACAGCUUUAGAUGUACCACCUCCUCGCGGACCUCUCUGGAUCUUGGGUGAUGUUUUCAUGGGUCAUUUCCAUACCGUGUUUGACUAUGGCAACCUGAGAGUUGGAUUUGCAGAAGCUGCAUAAAUAUAUCGUUUUUAGUGUCCUUCAGAGCGUUACUCUGUUUAUCUUUUCGGCUUGGAGGUUUGAAAUCUGGUAGUAGAAGUAACAGGACGUGAAUGAUAAUUAUAUGUAAAUAUUUCAACAUCUGGGGUUGUAUCUGAAGUGCAUUUAGCACUGCUUUCAACGAAGGAAAGCUCAAUGGAGCUUUGCUAUA